AUGAUAGUCAAAGUGUACGCAAGCAUGUCGUCUAUGUAUGUUACACCCUCAGCCCUCAGCAUUAUCAGUGACGAACAGACGAAAGUCGCCUGGGUUGACAGACUCGGAUCGUCACUUUCCUUCCGGUUCCAGAUGUUUCGGUUCCUCGUCUGGGACCCAAUUAGCUGAGCAUGAGCUCCUUCGAAAGUGUAACAUCCGGAAAUACGCCUCUGUAUCUCUUCAUAUCACUCACUCUGCUUGUUGUGUUUUUCUUUUUCUUUUUCUUUCUAUACAUACAAAUUUCCAGGAGCUUCGAUCGAUUGGCGAGGGUUCGGGAGCCAAACGUCGAGCAGUGCAUCAUGUUCUCCGGACACCCCAUUCUUGAUGUAAUCCUCCCUCUUCCAUCCAUCCAUCCACUCGCUUCUGUUUUCAGGAAAUCAAGAAGGGGUUCAAACUUCGGCCAACCAAAACCGUCGAUAAGUCGAAGCCAAUCAUCUACGCAGAAGGCGAAGAUGAGAACGAGGUGGCAGUGACGAAGCGGGCGCCCGCGUCCGGAAUCCUUCCGCCGGGCCAGGCCAUCCCGAAGCCAGCGCCCUCGUUCAUCCCCCCUUCAUCAGUGCCUAAUGGAUUCAUCGCCCCUCCGUUCGAACUUGGUCCCGGCGGCAUCCCUCCCCCACCUCCGAUGUUCUCCGGGGGAAUCCCUCCGCCCCCACCCAUGGGAGGCAUUCCCCCACCUCCUCCGAUCGGCGGCGCUCCACCACCACCUCCGCCGCCGAUAGGAUUGGGAGCAUCUCCUCAACCAGCUCGACCGAAGACGCCAGUCAAUCCAGCACUGACGAAACUGGGAGGAAGGACGCCGGGCACCGUGGACAGGGGAGAGUUUCUGAAGGGAAUUCAAAGUGGAUUCAAGCUUCGGAAGGCAGUCACGAAUGACAAGUCGGGACUGUUUGUCGACGAGGAAAUGCGAGAGAAGAGUGUGACUCUCGUCGAGGCAGCGCCUUCUUCGUAUGUUUUCCCAUUGAAAGCCAGAAGUGUAGCUGUGAAUUUCAGAUAUAUAGCACCGGACAGGGGAAGAAGUCCCGCUCGCCCGCACUCUUCGCUCGGAUUCGAUUCGAACGAUGACAGAUUCCGAUCGGCACGAACUCCAGAACCUCGUGACGAUUCACCCGAACAGCUCCUCGGACAACGACGACCGAUUGUGAUGAGGCAGAAGGGACAACCGCCGCCGCCGCCCCCAGAAUUCGGAUUCGAUUCGGAAAAGAUCAAGAUAACCUCGGAAGACAUCGAAGUGAGUUCAUAUUUGAUAAAGAAACAAACUAUUCACUUCUUGCUUUCCAGAAAGAGAUCAAAAAGGGAUCGGUCGCGUCGAAGAUGGCUGCUCUCAUGGGAAAUAUGGGAUAUUCGGCCGGUGAGUACUGCCGGCUACCAAGCUAUGAUCCAUGGUUUGCAGAGAAAUGCGAACAAAUCGGUACGGGGACACUGCCACGUGCUACUUUCCGGCGAAGUCCCUUGAGAAGUUCCAUGAUGUCGUCGUCUUCGGAAGUGAAUAAUAACCGGGAUGACAACGAGACUCCGAAGCCAAAGCCUGUUUCGAAAUGGCACGUCGACACGAACUACGGAUUGAAAUCCGCAUCAAGAUGUGAGUUUUUCCGUUAAUUAAUCCCAUUCAUUAUCGUUUUUCAGCAAAUGUGCCACUUGAACGAGAGGAAAGAUCAGCGUCGGUCAUGAAGGACAGAAGCUCUUCGUGGCUGGAUCUGACCAGAACUGGAAUGGAGAGGGCAAGGACACAGUCGCCGAUUCCCUUGUGCGAACGGUUGGAACUCGAUGAGAUGGACUUUGAUCAGCUCGUUGACGAGGUGGCCGCAGAAGAAGCGGCGGCAGCUGCCCGUGCUCCACCUCCGCCAGUCGAGAAGCCGCCGCCAUUGGACAAGAAGAAGACGACGACGACUUCAACGAGGAGAAAGUCGAAGCCGUUGCCGGAGCCCAUCAGUGUCAAGACGGAAUUCUGCACAACCGGAGCCAGAAGACCCUCGACGACUCCGCAGAUUCAGGAGACUCCGCCCACUCCCGCUCAGAAGAAAACGUACGGAUACUCUGCGACAACGGCUCCAAGCAGUUCGGCCACUUCCAAAGGAACAAAUACUUGGAGGUGACGUCACUUCUGAAAAAAAUUCGUUUAAAUCUCAAAAUCGAGGGCAAUUUUACUAAAGAAAACCUGAAAAAAAGGAAAACAAAGACAAUCGUCUUUUCGAAUGUACAUUUAUAAAAGACGGAACGAACUGUCAAAAAAACAAGCGAAUCGGCCCACUUUCUCGUGAUUUCUAUCUGCCCCUCUAACCCAUUUUCUCUUUUCAGAUCGGCCAGUCCGUCGGCAGUGGAACCGUCCGGAGGAAUGUCUCCCAUUUCGUCGAUGUCUUCCGUUUCAGCCCCAUCUCCAUCCUCCCUUUCUGCUGGAUCCGUCUCCCCCGACUCUACUCCCAAAAAGAGAAUCGGAGGAAAUCCAAACUUUGAAAAGGUGUGUUGUGAUAUAGGAAUUAUCAUUCAAUAACUGUUUCAGGCGAAAGAGAAGUGGGGAGCCGUCGAGAAGGCAGACGACUCGCCGCCGCCGACACGUGGCUACCUGAUGCGAGAGAGCAAAACUCCAACGAGAGAGGAGAUCUCUCCGGUCAGAGAGAAGACGCCGAAGACGACGACUGCGACAGAGGAGCCAAAGAACAAAAAGGUGACUGUCUCUUCCGUGACGAACAAGAACAAAGAGAAAGAGAAGAGUCCGCCGUGCUUCGCCGUGACCGCCGCGGAAGCGAAGGGCGCCGCAGCGGUUGCCAAGGCGAAGACGAGGAAGAAGUCGCUGAAGACGGGCACGAGCGCCGCCCUCACUCCCACCUCUGCCACAACUCCCACAACUAACAAACCUACUAGCACCUCUGUCGCCAAACCGAACACCUCCUCCUCGUCCACCGAGCACUCCCCCUCCCCGAACAGCAAGAGCACGACCCCACCGAAACGGAACAGUAUCAGUAACAGCGAUGUUAAGAAGAAGACGCCGUACGGACAGCCGCAAUCAGGAACCGUCGCCGACCGGGCAAAUCGAUUCCGUCAGCAGCUACAGGCCGACGAAGACAAGGGAAAGAAGUCAUGGCAGGUAAGAUAGAGGACAGAAAGGAAGCCUUCCUGAAGACUCCUCCCAAACCACCUCCGCUUCACAACCUCGCUCACCAUUCUGAUGUUUUAGAAGGGAAGCACUAAGAACUACUGA